CCGCACGGGAAUUACGUUAUUAUACUGUCGAGCGCACCGAGUCUCGAGCCAUGCUGCGCUCCUCGGGCGUAGCUAUCGCUUGCUCGCUAUCGCAAGCCCCGUGAAUCCGUUUAUCUUCCGCGCGGUUCGACGCGAUGCGUUUGGGAUUCCGGAUUACGCUCCUGUGAUCGAUACUGCGAGGAAUAUCGCUGGCUGCUCGGCUACCGUCCUGCCGUUGCACCCCCAGGAACCAUGAAGACGGAAGUGGAGGACAUGACGAGUGACAGCGUCUGCGAAGGCACCGGUUCGAGCCUCGGUGCCCCUGAGACCACUGGCGGUUUGAUAGGACCGGAAAUGUCCCCGAGUGUGAUGGAGUGUGGCGGCUGCGGGGAACGUGUCCGUGAACGUACCGUUCUCUGCGUCGGCGGUCGAACUUGGCACUCGAGGUGUCUCCGAUGCUGCGCCUGUGCCAGGCCACUACACGAUCAACACUCCUGCUUUCUGAAGGGAAUGCGACUCUACUGCAAGCACGACUACGCGCUAACGUUCGGCGCGAAGUGUGCGAAGUGUGGGCGUAGUGUGGGAGCUGGUGAUUGGGUAAGAAGAGCCCGAGAAAGGGUGUACCAUUUAGCCUGCUUCGCCUGCGACGCCUGUUCCCGUCAACUUUCCACAGGUGAACAGUUCGCUCUCUUGGAUGCCAGGUUGCUCUGCAAGGCUCACUAUCUGGACGUCGUCGAAGGCAACAACACAUCCUCCGAUGAAGGCGGUGACUCCGAAAGCGGCCACAAGAGCGGUAACAAGGCGAAGAGAGUGAGGACCACGUUCACCGAGGAGCAGCUCUCGGUUCUGCAAGCGAACUUCCAAUUGGACAGCAAUCCCGAUGGCCAAGACCUCGAGAGGAUAGCGCAUGUCACGGGGCUCAGCAAAAGAGUUACGCAGGUUUGGUUCCAGAAUUCUAGGGCGAGGCAGAAGAAGCAUCUGCACACGGGCAAAAUGAAAGGGCAACAUGUUCAUCAAUCACCUCCGAAUUCCACCGCGUCUACGGGCGAUUUCGGCCGGCACAUCAAUUUACAUCUGACUUAUUCCUUUCAACAUCAACAGCAACACCAUCACGGCCAGCAGCAACCGCAGCUCAGCCCUGCUACGUGCAAGAGUCCCACGCCUUCGAUUUAUCAUAAUCACGGUCUACUAUCAAUCGCAACCCCGUCAACUCUGUCUUCAGGCUCGGAACAGUCGAUGGACGAGCUCUCGCAGGACUCGAUGAUGUUGUCGAUGCCGAACGAGGUCUAAUAGCCGCUGCCGAGCCACGGCAGCUUUGUAAAUAUUCGCAUGAUCGCGUUCGGAUCUUCGCCAAGCCGGUGAGAGACCGUCGCGUCGCGGGCUCAUUUCGUUUAAUUUAAUUUAUCGACAAGAAUAGCGCUAGCCGCGAUCGAAGCUUCGAAUCUUAAAUCGCACGAGCUUUUUCCUUUUAUAAUUUUAACGCGACCAUUCGACCUCGUCGUACGUCACUUUCGGCGGACUUUUUGAUACGACUCCACCGAUACAGGACACUAAACGAAAAAGCUCGCAGUGAAACGACGCGUUUUAAGCUCCGAAGCUCCAUUGUAAGACACGUUUCUAAAACGUUAAUUUACGCGUAUGAUUUGAUUAGGUUGUCCCCUGGUUAAUGUGAUUUUCCUUUCGUGUCUUCGGAAGGGUGUGACGCAGGAACGUGGUCUGUGGAUUUUUGUGUAGCAAGAAAAUUGUUAUCUUAAUUCCAGCAUUCAACAUGAUAAGUUGAAGCAAAUAUUUUGCCGGAUUUUUGUUUGUUUAAAAUUAUGCAUUGAAUGCAUAACUUCACAGCCUGUGAAACUUCACAGCCUGUCAAAAUUAUUGAUAUUCUAUGAAUCAUUGUAUACGAGUGGAUUGGAAUCAUAGCGGCGUAAUUUCUGAAAAUUUUGACUUGUUUUAAAAUAUGAUCUACACAUGCCAAAAUGUUAAUCCAUAGAAUCACUAUGAUUGUAACCCACCAGUGCAGUGGUAUGAUUAAUUAUAAACUCAAGGUCAUUUUUACAUUUUUACUGAUAUUUAAACAAAACGAUAUAUAGAACUAUGCGAAUCUAGUUUCUUUUUUGAUUUUUUAUUAAAUACCAGCAAAAAUGUAAAAGUUACUUUGAGUUUAUGUUUAUUCACAGCACAGUAUGUCGGUCUCAGAGAAUUUUGAGACGAGAAUUAUAUAAAAUUGUCGAGAUUGCGUCUCUACGCUUCAAGAAUGCGAGAGGAAGCUCGUACUGAUUAGGGGACGGCUUAGUAUGUUCCCUACGAUCGUACUUACUCAGUGAAUUAAUUCUUUGAAGGGUUGUUCGCGUCGAGAUCGAACGAUCACUGUUGAUUAGUGAAUGAAAUUUAUUAGAUAGAUAGCGCUUUGAAGAAUUAAUUUCGAAAUGUUUCACAGCUGUUUCGUACUCCCACCCCGUAGCACGUAAGGAAAAGGUCGCUGAACUAUGACGAUGUUUUCUAUGGUUUAGAACGAAAUCCGCCCAGAAUGUUGUUAGUCGAUGAUGUCACCAGGAAACCGUAGACGGCGCCAACUUUUUAAGACUGGAAUGGCGGCACAGCUCUCUCGCACUCGGUGUCAAGCUUAUUAUAAAUAAGUGAUAUACAAGUUAACGUUCCGUGUUAAACGCGAUUACGUCCGCCAUGAUGGAAGCGAGAUGCCGAGGAAAUUCUAGCUUUCGCUUUUAUCCAAGAUGUAUUCGACAACUCGACGAAUUCAUAUUUCUCAUCAUUACUGGGCUCAACAAUUGCUGUCCAAUUUAAGAAUUUUCAUUGUCAUUGUUAAUUCACGCUCGUUCAAUAAUUUUUCAACACCCGCAAAAUGAUCAAUAAAUUCUUUCCGAAUUGUUUAAUAAAUAUUUUCGCUAGACUGAAAGCUCUUUACGCAUUAUCAACAAUCGUCAACGAACAUCUUAUUUAAUUUUAAUUAUGAAAAGAUAUGAAAAAUAAUUUACUGAUUAGAACGAAAGAUAACAAAGUAAUAGUGGAUCCCUGUGCAAAAUAAAAAUUGCGGCAAGCAAGAAUUGAAUAGAAACUUUUAUGGAUUCUCCGUCAAAUAGCCGAAGUUUUCUCCGUUUCGUGAAUGCAUAAAAUCCGCGGUCUAGUAGCAAAAAUUUGCCAGAACCAGUUUCCCGGUAACCAUAAGUGAUUCAAAAGACUAAGGUCCUUACGGAAGCAAUAAAAGCGAUAUCUCUCUGUCUCACUUCCAUCAAUCCGCGGAGUAUCCCUGAUGUAAUCAGGCAGCCGUUUCGAUAAAAACGCGUGCGAUCGUGUAAGAUUAGGAUGAAUCAGAGUGGUUGAAGCGUCACCGGAAGUUCCGUAGUACUUCGAUACCGUAGAAUCUCGAACCGAAGACAUCUCAGUGUACAUCCGAAAGCAAUGCUCCGAAUGAAAGUAUCUUUUACAGUGUCUAGGUAAUUGUGUACCCGUAAAAGAACCAUAAUUUAAUAUACAUGUAUUGUGAUGUAAAUAUUGUAAACUAAGUAUAUACAAUAUAAAAUGUUGCUCAUA